GCUGUUUUCCGUGUUCUUCAGCAGAGCUCAUAGCGAUGACAGUAAGCCCAGCUAAAGGUUUUCCAUCAUUCAUUUCCCAGGAGCAGACGAUUGUCAUCUAAUAAACACGCAGCCGGAACUUGCCUAUCUGAUUUAUAGUUGUCUCAGAGAGGGUAAGCGGAAACACCUCCACCUCUAAAAAAAAAAGAAAAAAAGCUGUCCUUAAAAACGUGAGUUUUAGAGGUUAAAACAUGUCAAAUCUUGAUUUGAAGAGGCUCGAGGUUUUCUACAACCUCCUGAGCAGUUGUAGUUUGGGUGCAUUUUGCAACAACUCUCUGCUGUCAUUUCACAAUUCAAACAAUGAGAGUGGGAUGGAGAGUCCGGAUGAUGGAACGCUGAGAGUGUUCAUCUCUGUGGUGUACUUCAUUGUGGCUACAGCUGGAGUGUUGGGCAACUUGCUGGUCAUGUUCCUACUUUAUUCAACUCACACCAUUACCACAGGCACCAUCAACUUCCUUGUUUUCAACCUAGCUUUGGCCGACCUGCUGUUUUCUCUUGCCUUACCGUUUUGGGCAGUGGACAUUGCUCUGGACUACAGUUGGCCUUUUGGCUUAGCCACAUGCAAGGCUGUGUCCUUACUAACUGGACUGAACGUUUUUGCAAGUUGCUUUUUCCUGACAGCUAUGAGUCUGACACGCUACUGCUAUGUGGCAACAGCUCUCAAACCUGGAUCGUCCCUGUGCAACAGAUCUUGUACCUUCCCGGUAACCACAGCUAUCAUUUGGGUUGGGGCUCUCAUCGUGGCGGUACCCAGGGCCGUGUUCGCAGACCUCAGCCGUGUGGGCAGCGGCAAUGACGCAGCAUGCUUGCUCCGCUUCCCAGAAGGCACGGCUUGGCUCGGAAUAAACCAACUCCUGCGAGUGGUUCUGGGAUUUCUGCUACCGUACACCAUCAUCAUCCUCUCCUACUUGCUCUUGCUGCGAUUCCUCUGCAGGCACAAACUGAAAGGCAGCAGCAGCACUCGGCGAAAAGCCGACAUCUCAAAAUCUGUGGCUGUGGUGGUGCUGUCCUUCUGUGCCUGCUGGUUUCCCUACAAUAUCCUCACUCUCUGGAGCGUCCUGAUACAGCUUGACAUCAUUGAUAUGAGCAAAUCGUUCUACACUGCUCAGACGUACUUCUUCCCUCUGGCCAACUGUUUAGCUUUCACCAGCAGCUGUUUCAACCCUGUCAUCUAUUGUCUGGUCAGGAAGGAAUACCGCACAGCUCUGCGUAAUGUUUUCUUCAAGCUGAGUUUGGCCAUCAUUUCCAAGAUGCCUUAUGCGCUUAACUCCGAGGAGGGUUUAGGGCAAGGUAGUCAGCUUGGUAUUCCUCUCAGCAACGUCUACAGCCAGACGUGCCAAACUGACUCAAGGGGCUACACACCGCUGACAACACUUCCAGCUGGAGCAUCACCACUGUAAAGUCUCAACACAAUGUUUCCUCAGUCUUUUUCUGCGAUCUUUGUGUUCUGUGGGGACAUUAGGAGCAGAUAGUAUCUUGCCUGCAGCAGCAGUCUGAGACAGAGUCGCUCAGUUUUGAAAAGCAAGCAAUUGCAAUUGUUUUUGAGAAGGCAACAAUAUCAGCUUUGAAAAAUAUGUAUUAUCCUCAAACUUCUGUUUCUCACCAUCAUUUUUAUGAUGAUUCCACCAGUCAGUGUCAUAUCAGGGUUGAGCAUUUACUGUCUAUGGUUGAAGUGGUGCAGGGCAGAAAAACACAGGCAGGCAGUAAACAGAAGUAACCUUCUGCUACUACCACACACCACACUUUCACACAAUAAGGUGAAAUGCAAAGUUGUACUGAAGGAAUUUCUCUGUUAUCAGGAAAACCAUUAUUAGUAAUACCAGACAAUAAAAACAUGUUUUUGUAUUUUAUGCAUUCACAACCAUGUCUUGUCUUGAAUUGAGACUGUUCAUCUACCUACAGCAGGUAAGACACUGACUGCUCCAUAUGAACUCCAGAAAGCCUCCCUUAAAGAAAGUCAUGCUGUUCUUUUAAGACUUCUGACUGCACGUUGUAUAAACAUUUCACUUUUCCCCCUAAUGGUCAGUAGUGUCUAUAUGAGAAUGUUCAUGUCGAUGCAGGUACUUAGCUUCUGCGCUUCUGCAUAAAAAUGUAAAUGUUUUGAAAUUUUUCAAAGUAGCAUAUGCUAAAAUAUUACCUAAAGAUAUUGUGCCAGCGUCUUUUCUUUCCUUCUUCUUUAUUAUUUGAUUGGAAAGAAUAAACAAUAUUUUGUAGUUGUUGAUAACUUUUGUGGGAAAAAAUAUAUAUCUCCUCUUUUGUAUUCUGCUGUUGCAGGAACGGUUUAACUGUGGUUGUGCUUGUUUAUUUCAGUGUAA